AUGAGCAGCAGUGAAGGCAAAUUGACGGAAGAUGAAAUUGCAUUGUACGACAGACAAAUUAGACUCUGGGGUCUUGCUGCGCAAACCAAUAUGAGGUCUGCGAAAGUGCUAUUGAUUAAUAUUGGAUCCAUUGGGACAGAAAUUACGAAAAAUAUCGUGCUGAGUGGGAUUGGCCACUUCCAUAUAAUGGAUGCUUCGAAGGUCAGUGAGGAGGACUUGGGAUCUCAGUUCUUUUUGAGCUGUGAAGACGUGGGAAAGUACAAGAUUGAUGCUGUUAGGGAACGGAUAAUGGACUUGAACCCAAGAGUAGAAUUACAAUUUGAUAUCGAAUCUGUCGAUUCAAUUAAUGAAGAUUUCUUUAAAAAUUUUGAUUUAAUCAUCGCUACUGAGUUAAAUCGUGAACAGAUGCUUAAAAUCAAUCAAAUUACAAGAAAAUUCAAUAUCCCAUUAUAUUUAUCAGGCUCAAACGGUCUCUUUUCAUACAUCUUCGUUGACUUGAUCGAGUUCAAGUCGGAGGAUGAAAAACUUAAAAGCAUCAAAGCUACCGAGACUGGAUAUAUCUCCACUCAUAGGGAAAUCGUGCACGUGGAGACACGUCAAGAUGAUGAAGAUCCCGAGAAAGUAUUCGAGAAGAUUACAACGAGAAAUACAUACAAACAUUUUGGAGAAAUGCUUCUCAGCCCCACACUAGAGAAAAAAUUAACAAAGAGACAACUGAAAAGGGUCUCCAACGUCCUGCCCAUGACAUUAACUUUAUUGAGUCAGAACUGCAGUAAUCUAGAUGAAUUUAAGAAUGAGACAAUCAAGAUGUGUGAUCGCCUGACAAUUAAUCCCAAGUCAUUAUCAGGUGACUACUUGGAACAAUUUUAUAAUCAAAUCGGACUAGAAUUUUCACCUGUUUCUGCAAUAAUUGGAGGUGCAAUCGCUCAAGAUGUGGUUAAUAUACUUGGUAAGAGAUCGUCACCUCUAAAUAACUUCAUCGUCUUCGAUGGUAUAACAUUAGACAUGCCUAUUUUCGAAUUGUAA